AUGCUGUAUCCUGAUGCUAAAGUAUCUGAGGCCUUAUGUGGACCCCGAGGUGCUUGCAACUAUAGGAUCAACUCAGAACCAAAUGAUAGCUUUAGGCGCAGAUAUUACCCACUUGAAGCGUAUGAUCGAGGAUAUGGAAUGAAAAUCGAUCAACAUCACAAUGUGUUCAAGAACAAUCACAGAAAGCUAAGGCAAGAUAUUAUGGGCGAAUUUAAUAGACUACGACUUACAGUACAAGCCCGUACGAAUUUCCAGCAUAACAGUAAUGCCGCAGGAAACGCUCGCCCAGCAAACGCCCAGAAUGAAGCAGGUAGCAACAUUCAGCACAAUGACAUACAUGAGCCCCACGGUUCUCACGAAGCCUGUCUUAACAAAGGAAUCAGAACUCUGUGGCAAGUAUGGCAGGAGUAUGACGCGGGACUUUAUGGGAGCAAACCUGCCAGCUUCUUUACUGAUAGUGAGCGAGGUAGAGUGAAGUGCACUUAUAGUUUGCGCCUUUGUUUUUGGAGGACUAUGGAGAAGCUGACCGCCAGAGGUAAUAGCGCUCAAAAAGCUAUAGAGAAAAUUCAGGAUGCGUAUGGUACAGCUUUAUCGGUCACAGCGAUAUGCAGAGCUUGUCGCACUGAUAAAGAUAUGGCAGAGAUUCAAUAA